AUGGGCUCUACCAAUGAACGUGGCAUGGCUGUCAACAAGAGACACACGCGGCUUGCGGAUUACUUUGCCGAUAGCGAUGUCAUUCCUGACAUCAAGGAUAAACCACCAAAGAUGACAGCACCCCCAGACCAUGUUUCCACUGCUUUGAGCAUCCCCGAAAAAAGAGCAAAAACUCUCUCCAAGAGCCAACCGGAGAUUCAACCUAGAACAGCACCAGCACCGCCGAAACGGGUAACCUUUGCUGAUCUGGCUACUAUUCAAGAAGAAGCCAAGACUAUGGCAAAUGCCGAGAAACAGAGGGAGGACACCGGAGAUACCUCAUCCUUAACCGUCGCAAGAAAUGAGGCGAGUUUGCUAGAACAACACUACGAACCGUACUUCAACAUUACCCUAGGCCGGCAUAUGGACUUGGUGGUGGCGGGGACGAAACAAGCGGCACCAGAUCCAAAACAGACAAGCGUUAUUCUUUGGAAUAUAACUGGGCCGUCGGGCCGAGAUCAAGUGUCAGUGGUUCGAACAAUCAAUCACAAAAGCUUCGUCAGAGGGCUGGGAGUUUAUCCUACACCAGAAGCUUUCGUCGUGGCAUAUGAGUUUUUGCCGAUGUCUCUUUUGGAAAUCGCCACGUCUCGUAAGCUCCGGGGUCCUGAGAUGGCCUGUAUUCUGAAACAGAUCCUCGACGGCCUCCUGUACCUCGAGGAGCUGAAUUUAGGUCUCCCAGAAUUAACCUGCUCAAACAUACUGCUGGAUACUUCAGGCCAGGUCAAGAUCUGGGGGCAGCACUUUUGCCGCUAUGGUAUAGCCGACAAUCUGGUUGCUGGUCUUUGGCGUAUCACCGCAGAGCUCAUGAUCGGCUACGAUGAAGGAGACUUGGAGAAGAUUGAUUACAUCAAAUGGACGGCGUAUCCAGAUGCUGUUGAUUUCUAUGAGUUCAUGAAAAAGCAAAAGGAUUCGAUGGAUGAACCACAAGGCCAAGAAAUGACAAAUACCAAGUCCAAGCACAGCAGAUUCGAGAAAAUUAUCUCGCCGUGA